GCGAGUAUAAAAACCGCCACACCGAGCUGUAGCGUCUCAAUAAGACUUUCUUCUCCAUAAGGAAGAUGCUCAUGUUCAUCAAUAACACGUCCAGCAUUUUGCUUCUCCUCUCUGUGGCUCUCGCCUUCUCUGACGCUGAAGAGCAUGCUGUUAAUGAGUUGUUUUCCCUGAUCGGAGCUCCGCCGGUACAAAGUGGAACGUCUGACUCCUCCAGCAACCAAACCAAAAACGGUGCCAAAGAUCCUUCUCUACCAGUCAAUGAGCUGCUGGAGCAAGGCAAAAAAUCUGCAGACCCAAAGUUGGCACUGCCCCCGGGGAUAUGGCCCAAACACACAGACCCGCUGUCCCCUCAUCCUCGGCCAGGCGCACCCAGCAAGAGCAAGAAGGGCUCGAGAGACGAGCGGUUUCAAAUCGACUAUAACAACGAAAAACUGCGUAACGAUGGCCAUCCUAAUAAAGUCGUCCCUGCUACCGGGGCCGGGGCAUCGAACCGCACUCAGAUACAGAAAGCUACACCUGAAAGCCCAAUGCAGUCCAAUAAUCCUCCAUCCAGUGAGUCUGAGCUAAAUCACAACUCCAGAUCACGCACACGCUCACAGCAGCCAUCUUCUAACACACCAAGAGAGAGCGGGAAUAGUCGGAUGGAUCCCGAGGAGAACAGGCCAGGAAAAUCGGGCCUGAACAACAGCCGCUCAUUCAUCCAGUACAACCGGCGCUCUUCCAGCCUACUCUACCACUUCGACAUCCACAAGAAAGAGUCGGAGUUCAGCCACGAUGCAGUGUGUCUGAGUGAAUGCAGGAAGGACAAGGACGAGACAGAGCACUUCUGCUACAGUGACUUCGCCAUCAAUGGCAUUGUACAUGACAUCGAUACCAUUCGUCGAGGCAUCAGGCUGGUCACUUUGCUGGUGAGCAACGAUGGCUUCUACAAGAUGAGCCGCCUUUAUAUCACUCCGGACACCUUCUUCUUCAAGGUGAACAUCCUGGUCUUGGAUACCUACAAGUGUUCCAAACCUUGUCCUGACCUCAAACUCGGGAGCAGAUACAUAAUCAUGGGUCAUAUCUAUCAGCGAAGGCGCCACCUUCCCUCCAGUCUCCUUACCCUCCUCGGGGGCAAACUAAAACCCGGAGACGGGGUCCUGCGCAGCAACAGUUUCGUCAAGCGCUAUAACAAACGAAGACACCAGAAAGCUCUAGAGGCCAUGCGCUCAAGGUGCAGGUGAAUGGAAAAAUGACAGCUCGCUACCGACACCCGCUGCACGGGAGGAAUAACUGCAGCCUUAUGUAAAUAUAAAAAGAACAACCUCAUAAUCUUGCAGUAUUAUCAGAGGAGAUAGACAGGAAGACAAAGGCGUCUCUGUCCACCCUGCCCAAGCGUCCGAGUGUAAUAGAUCAAUCCACUCCAAGUGGGGAUAUUUUGCUUGCUGUACAAUGCUUGCCUUUCUGCCUGUCCUCUUUCAUAGACGACUCCAGGGAAAUCCGCUGGAUUCCAUCCACUGGCGGAGGAUCUGAUUCAUGUCUGAAACAUGAACCAGGAACCGGCUAAAUAUUUCCUCCGAGAAAUAUUCAGAGAGAAGUAAUAAAGCGAACGUUUUUAUGUGUUUAUCUACCCUAUACACCCUGCCCUUUUUUGAUACACACACAACAACCAUGAUGUGUUUGCAGAGGGACACUUCAUAAACCUCAUAAACACAAGGAAAGACCGGAAAAGUCAGAGAUGUUGCAAAAUAUGUUUCCCUUGUUGAGGAAAAUGAGAAAAGUCACGCACUCGCAUGGCGUCAGUGUCUUCUGAGCAGUUCCGUUCAGUCUUUUCAUAUUCCGCAAAACAUGUACUUCUUUUACAAAGCACAGAAUACGCUAUGUGACUUUGUAACUUGUAAUGCACUCUGCACGUUACUAUUUUAUAACCUUCAAGUGCACUUUCUUUUGAAAAUACAUUGUAGAUCGUAGAAGGCGAUUUUUCAUACCUUAUAUAGUGCAAGUUUCUUUACAGUGUUUGGUGUUAAUUAGGCUCACAGGUUUCCACUCAACACAUCAUCCAGUGGCCAGCAUCUUGUACGCAGGUUCAUUUUUUCCCCCCAUAUUUUUCCAGUUUGAAAACAUCAUGUGUCAUUAACUCAGUUAAGGUCGGUUUAUUUUCCCAUUCACACCGUUUGAGCAACACAGAAUGAAAGCACAAACCCAGCACAAAGAGCUCCUAUUUAUUUUGCCCGUACUUUGUAUUUCUCCUUUAAAUGAUAUGAGAAUGCAGGAAAUGUGCUGUUAUGCUCAAAAGAAGGAGAGGAAGAAUUAAAAGGGUUUGGAAUGGGGAGGGGGGUAGGGGAGAAACAAAACAAAACAACAAUUCCCUUUCUUAAGACAAGGUUAUUUUCUGUACUUUGGGAUACUUUUACUGUGUAUGUGAGAGAGACUGCAGAAAGAGAAGGCCAGUGUGAACGCGUUCGUGUUGAGCCCUAAUCGGAUAGUAAUCUGAUCCUCCGUGCACCUGGUUACAUGAAAGAGGGCGGUUCUGUUUAGGGUCCUGCGAGCAAAAACAUGGGCCAGGGCCUCAGGGAACAGACGCUCCAGGAGCCGUAAUGGAACGCCACCUAUGGCGAAUGUUUGCCCACACACACACACAUACACACACACACACAGGCUUUUGGCUCAAGCUCAAAGGAAGUAGAAGGGGAGAGGCACGGGCAGGAAAGAAGAGGAGCUUUAUGGGCAUGUUGGGUGAAAGAGAAGGAAAGAUUUCAAGAAAUUGGUUCCUUCAGGCUUCAUUCCAUGAGUCAAAAGUGUAUAGUGGGUGGAACUGAAGGUAAACAGGGAAUACUUUCAUAUGCACUGCUGAUGCACGUUUUGUCAUUCUGAAAUGUCUUAUUAAAUAAAAAAAAACAUAUUUUUUUCUA